CACAAGGAUGCUGACUCCUCACGCAAGAGAAGUACAGCUCAUGAUGAUAGGUGUAGAUAUGAGAACGUCCGUGUUAGCACUCAUAAACUCCAACUUGAAUAGAGACAUAAAGCCACAAUUAGGUCGAGCUCUUUUUCAGUGAGAAAUGCAUGUGAACAAGGCCCAAGAUGGUCCCCGGCGGUGGUCGCCAGCUCGACCGCGGCCAGUCCUGGCCCAUCAACGUCAACCCCGGCACUACCGGUGGCCGCGUCAGGGCUCGCACCGGCUGUUCGUUCGACGGCAACGGCAACGGGCACUGCCAGACCGGUGACUGCGGUGGUAAACUUGCCUGCACGGCCUACGGCAGCCCGCCCAACACCCUCGCCGAGUUCGCCCUCAACCAGUUCCAGAACCUCGACUUCAUCGACAUCUCCCUCGUCGACGGCUUCAACGUGCCGAUGGACUUCAGCCCGACCUCGGGCUGCAGCAGGGGGAUCCGGUGCACGGCCGACAUCGUCGGGCAGUGCCCCAACGAGCUCAAAGCUCCCGGCGGUUGCAACAACCCGUGCACCGUCUUCAAGACUAAUGAGUAUUGCUGCAACUCCGGGAGCUGCGGACCGACCAACUAUUCCAGGUUCUUUAAGGAGAGAUGCCCGGAUGCGUACAGUUACCCCAAGGACGACCAGACCAGCACCUUCACUUGCCCCGGGGGGACCAACUACAAGGUUACCUUCUGCCCUUGAGGUCCUGCGUUCGCCCAUGCAAGCGAGGUUUCAAGCAUAUUAGACUCCUUGGAGCUGGUAAACUACUAAAUAAAGUGGACGUAAACAGGCUCACGAGCUGCUCUGUAGGCCUCUGAGAUUUGAAAUAAUUGAAUAAUAAAAGAAUGCAGCACUUAAGGUGCCGCCGUACUCUUAAACAGCACGUGACGGCUGUCGCACCCUGUUGCAUGCAUGUUUCACACAA